GUGUCACUGUCUCUACCAACCAUUCAUGAUGGGAAACAAGAAGCAUUCCAAGAAGAAUUCCCGCCAUUCUGAAUCCAAAGACCAGACUACUGCUGAAGAUAUCAAAAAAUACAUUCUAAAAUGUAGCACAGAGGGAGGAUGGUGAUCCUCAGAGGGAAGGAAAGGAAGUUGUUGAGGAAGAACCGGUGGCCACGCCCAAAGAGGAGGCCAAGAAGGGAAGGAAGGCAAAAAGUAAGAGGAGUGGCAAGAAGUCAAGGAAGCUGGGCACUGACAACGAUGCAGUCUCCAGGAAUAAACACCUGGAUAGAGGAUCUGUAAUUGAGCUCCUGGAGAAGAAAGCUGUUAAGGCUGCAUUCGGCCCAGGCAACAAGGAUGAAAUGGAAUACUCCUACCCAAUCCUCAUCUCAUUCCUGCGCAAUCUUACUGAUGAGCAGUGGCAAGUGAUCUACAAAGGACUAAAAAACCCUAUGACGAAGGAACAGCUUGCCAAAUUGUGCAAGACAAUUGUAACCUUCAUCACACAGACCACCCUGCAGAUCCUGCUGCCAGCCCUGGCCCGCGUACUUGGGGUAAAGGACUUUGCUGACGACGACACUGACUCACCCAAGAGGGGUGGCAGUGCAAGAUCCUUUGCUGCCUUUGAUCAGGAAAGACUGGAGCUCAUCCAGGAAGUUAGAUAUCUGGCGAAGAAAAUGUAUAAGGGCGGCACAGGGGCUCAACAUCUUAGGUCCCUAACACCCUCUUCUAAGAGUUCCCAGACCUCAGUGAAAGUCCACCUGGGAAUGACAGAGGACAGAAUCAUCAAAAGUGUCCAGGAGCAACUGUCUGAUCAUAAUAUCCUGUCCUCUUGCCCACCUGAGCUGACUGUUGGUCUUAUCAAGGUGGUGGUCGAACAGCUUAACUCUGCCCUCUCUGCGACCAUCAGCAGAGCCAUUUCAGGGCAGUCCUCCCCUAUUUCUUCUGGUAACCAGGCCGCUGAACAAAUGGUCAACAUGGUCCAGAAAUGUUUUGAUGAUCACGCCACUCCAGAGGACCAGAGCUCCACCUCUGUAUUAGAGUCAUGCAUUCCACCUGCAACAGAAGAGGUGAUGACUGUUAUUGCAGAGAUGGUGGGUGAAUUGGAAAAAAAAGAUCCGGAAUUGGUUAACGUUUUUCGAGAAGUGGCUGUGAAAGUUAAAAUGUUGGCAUCUGGCAGUGACCUUGUAGUGGAGCACCUGGAUGUUGAAGACUCUCCUGUUCCAGAGGAGCUGAACAUAAUAUGUACAUCUUGCAAAGCAAUGAUGCAAAAUCUUGGCACUCUGUUUAGUGUGAAGUUCAAGACCAAAGCCUCAAAGGCUGUGAGUGAAAUUCUUGUGAGAAGGUUAAUGAGCGAUAUCUCUGGUAUGGUUCAACCUUCUCAUUCGUUUAGUACCACUCCAAGCUUGAUGAAUGCAUCUAGCCCAUCUGACAGGAUCCUUGAUUCUGCGGCCACUGAGCUCAUACAGACCAAAGUAGAAUUUGAGGCAUCAAAAAUAAUUGAUAACUUUGUUGAAGAUGUCAAGGACAUUGUGCAGUAUGCUGAAUUAGAUCAGCCAACAAGCACCCAGAGAGAUGCCCAAGUGGGACACUGUACGACAAAGCAGAAACCCUUCCAUGCAGCUCGUAGACUCUGCGAGAGACUUCAGGCAAAGCUGGAGACAUUGUUCCUCAGAAUGGGUGGAGCUCCAGUCCAAGGGGAAGAACUUAUGGAAAAAGCUGACUCCAGUGCUGUGCUUCUGGAACAUAAUGACUCCAGUGAUCUGCCUGUUUCAAUCCUGAGCUUGCCUUCCCCAUGUAGGAGUGAAUCCCCUAUAUCAGAACGUAGUUCAUCUUCUUUAUCUGAUGGAUGUGAUUCAACUGACUCUUUAGGAGAAAAAACACCAGAGCAACCUGAAACCAGUAAGAGUGAGGCAAUACUGCAAGUGGUCAACUCAACAGGACUUGGUUCUCUCCGUAAAUGCCAAAGUGAGAACUCUCAACCAUUACUGUCUCUCUGUGAUUCCAACAUGGUGCCCUGCACCAAAGAGGUCUUGUCCCAGAUUGUGACCAUGUAUAGGUCAGAGGUGGCAGAUUUGGAAUGCACAUCAUCUGUUGCAGAGGGUUCAUCUUACAACUCCCUUGAAGUCUGUGGCUUUUUGGACAGUGUCAUGUCUUAUCUAGAAGACAUGCCUGUGUCUGGUUCUUCAUGGUUGGAAGGAUUAAGAGAUACUCCAGCCUCAGUCAUUGAGAAACUCUCCAGUGAGGAGUUCCAGAUGAACGCUACCAACGAAGUGCGAAAAAUACUGCUCAAAUCAGUCAGUAGCUUUCCCAACAAAGUCAGUUCCAGCCAGACAGAUUCUCAGAUGUUGCCAGCAAAAUCAACAAUUUCCUUAAGGCAUACAGAUAUAACUGCUUUUGAAAUCGUUGGAUCAAUUAGAAAUGACAUGAAGAGCCUUUUCCCACCCACAGAGUCUUCUACUACUCUAUGGCAGGCAGACUCUAUGCUUCAACAGAGUGAUGAGAAAACCUCAGAGUACACUGAGGCCACACCCAAAGGCUCACAGUCUGGUUUGGAAGUAUCUGAGAAGAAGAUCUGGACAACUGCAAAGACUAUUUACCACAAUGUGAAGACAAAGAUGAGGAAUUAUUUUACAUGGCAAAAUCAAGUCAAAGCAACAACGGCUCAAGCCAAAAAGAGCCUCAGCCAUAUUCUGGUUUCAAUUCAGAAAGAGCUGUCAAAAUCUGACCAAACGGUGACUGCGCUUUCACAAAUAGAGAAUGUGGUUGGAAUGAUGCUGAAGGAUGUUGAAAGGGUAAGCAGUGAAUGUGGUGAGGAACAGAUCUAUCAAGCGCCACAGCGUUCUUCCUCCUCGUUGUCAUCCUCAUCUGCCAGAUCAAAGAAGUCAGAGUGGGAAUUUUCACUCCCUGGCACUCCCAUCUCUUCUGAUUUACCAGAGAGUAUUACUCAGCCCAUUGUGAGAUGCUCAGUCAUCGACACGGGCAAAUCUACUAAGCCAAAAACAUUGGUGUGUGAUGCCAGGGAAAGCAUGUCUGCAAUAGUGGAUACCAUCAUAAAGGAGGUACAUCCAGAGGAAGAAGGGGAGGUUGCAUUCCACCCUGAUCUAACAGCUGUAAUAGCAAGACUGGAGGAGCUCAUAUCUCAGGGUAGGAUUGGUGCUCUCUCACGUGAUCUUACUCACCAAGUCAACCGCAUCAUUUCUGAGAGCAACUUGACCCCUCUGGUUCUGACAGUGGCGGCUGGAAAGAGUGCAUCCGAUACAGUCCUUACUGAGCUGAAGAGGAAUGACAAGACGGUGGGGAAGCCCACAGCUUACAAGCUGGUUCAGCUUUUUUGCAGAGGAGUCUGUGAAGCGCCUCUUGCUUCCUAGCCUUGUGCCCUCUACAGCUUCAAUGAGUCUGGCUCAGGGAGUUAGUGUGCCGGCUAGCGUAUCUGAAGAUUGGAUUUCAUGUUCUUUUUCUACAUCAGCAUUUAGUGACACAGUCAUCCUGUUUACCAAAGUAAUGGUAAGCCAGGUCAUGGACUCUGUGGUUUCUGAUGCACAAAGCAGAGGGUCAUCUCCAACCGGAACUGUAACUGAUAUAG